UGUUCUGGUCAUUGCAGUUCCUGGACAAUUGUAGGGGUUGCUGCCCUCAUCCUGCUCCUGGUAGCCCUGUUGGCUCGUGUCCUAGUCAAAAGAAAACCACCCCGGGACCCACUGUUCUAUGUGUAUGCAGUUUUUGGAUUUACUAGCGUGGUGAACCUCAUCAUAGGACUGGAGCAAGAUGGAAUCAUUGACGGGUUCAUGACAUACUACUUGAGAGAGGGUGAACCAUAUCUGAACACUGCAUAUGGGCACAUGAUCUGCUACUGGGAUGGCUCUGCUCAUUAUCUGAUGUACCUGGUGAUGGUGGCAGCCAUCGCAUGGGAGGAAAGUUAUAGAACUAUUGGCUUAUAUUGGGUUGGAUCUAUUAUUAUGAGCAUUGUUGUUUUUGUGCCAGGAAACAUUGUAGGGAAGUAUGGAACACGAAUUUGUCCUGCUUUUUUCUUAAGCAUACCAUAUACUUGUCUUCCUGUUUGGGCUGGUUUCAGAAUCUAUAAUCAGCCACCAGAAAAUUAUAAUUAUCCCUCAAAGGUUGUUCAAGAAGCCCAAGCAAAGGACCUGCUGAGAAGACCGUUGGACUUAAUGCUGGUCGUGUGUCUCCUCCUAGCAACUGGAUUUUGCCUGUUCAGAGGCUUGAUUGCUUUGGAUUGCCCAUCUGAGCUCUGCCGAUUAUAUAUGCAGCUUCAAGAGCCCUACCUAAAGGAUCCUGCUGCUUAUCCUAAAAUUCAGAUGCUGGCAUAUAUGUUCUAUUCUGUCCCUUACUUUGUGAUUGCAGUUUAUGGUUUAGUGGUUCCUGGAUGCUCCUGGAUGCCUGACAUAACGUUGAUACAUGCUGGAGGUCUAGCUCAGGCUCAGUUUUCUCAUAUUGGUGCUUCUCUUCAUGCUAGAACUGCUUAUGUCUACAGAGUCCCUGAAGAAGCGAAAAUUCUUUUUUUAGCAUUAAACAUAGCAUAUGGAGUUCUUCCUCAGCUCUUGGCCUAUCGUUGCAUCUACAAACCAGAGUUCUUCAUAAAAACAAAGGCGGAUGAAAAAGUGGAAUAAAAAUAUUACUUCAUGUUUUUCUCUAGAUUACUGACUUUCGUUAUACUGGUACUGAUAUUUUGUCCCAUUUUACUCUGUACUCAUACAUGAAUACUUAAGAAUAUAGAAAUUCUUGCUCUGCACUGUAUGCGUGAGCUAUAUGGUUUGUGAGAUUAAAUUUUCUUUCUUUUUGAAGGAAAACUGAAGUUAUUCAAAGUUAUUUGAGAAUAAAACUGACCAUCAGUCUCUAUAUUCUGUUUGACAUAUUAAAUAAUUAUCAAUGUGAAAAGUUACUACUUAGUGCCUAUAACAGUGAGCAUGAAAACAAAACUAUUCAAAAGUAUAGUCUCUGCAUAUUAAAAAAUUCAAAAUAGUGAACACAGAUUGAAGAAAUAACUUUUGCAUAUAAGAUGUAUAUGCCUAAUUAUCAGCCUCAAUAUAAAAAGCAAAUCAUCAGAAUAUUUUUAAAUGUUGCUUGAAAAAUGUUUUCCAAGGAAAGUAUAUUCUUUGUUGCCAUUUUAAAAACUGGUCCUACUAAUUUUUUUUUUGUGUGAAUCUAAAUAACUAAAGAGGGAUAGAUAAUUUUAUCUCUGCCCUUAAUGAACACUUGUUUUAUUGGUGGCUGGAAAUAUUUCUAUUGUAUUUCUGUGUAUACUUUUAAUAAAAUUAUUUUUGGCCUUUUAUGAAGACAAA